UUCGAGAUUUUCACACACGAAUAUAGAGAAAGUACAGAAGUGCACACAUGUAAAGAACAUGGAAAAGACACUUCGUGUGAAAGUAAGGAAGAAGAGCUUUACAAGAAAAAAGAUGUUGUGAAUACAACACGCAAGCUGAAUCGUGCUCUGAUUAGCUUAAGAGCAAUGAAAGGAAACGAAGUUGUAAACGAUGUAUUAGAGAAGCUCCAAGAAAUUAAUAAUAAUCUAAUGGAAGCUAUAAAAACGACAAGUGGAGAUCAUCCUCGUUGCUUCUCUCUCGAAUGA